CAGCCGCAGCGGAACAUCCAGAGGACCUUCCCCUCCGUCCGCACGCCGGCCUUCCCCGCCCCGCCGCCGGCGAUCGUGUCCCCGACCCCGUCGCCCGCCACCGCCCCGGAGUCGUCUUCGCCACCGCGGCCGUCGUCGUCCGUGAAGCGCAGCGACAUCGCGGUGGCGGUGGUGAGCACGGCGCUGAGCAGCUUCGCGGUCUCGGGGGUCGCCUUCUUCCUCUUCCUCCGCCACGGGAAGAAGAAGGAGCUGACGGCCGGGGACGGGAAUGGGUACUCCGACGGGCGGCAGGAGGGCGCCUUCGCGGGGAAGCGGCCGGAGAGGGAGCCGAGGCGGCCGCCGCGGGGCGGGGUAGGGGGAGGCGGCGGCGGCUUCGGAAUGGUGGACGAGAACGGGCUCGACGCGAUAUACUGGAGGGAGUUCGAGAAGGACGGCGAUGGCAGGGGUAGGAAGAGCUGGCGCCCGCCGCAGCCGCCGCCUCCCCGGCAGCAGCAGCAGCAGCGGGUGGAGAUGUGGCCGGAGCCCCAGCAGACGUCGUCGCCGCCGUCCCCGCCGCGGCGGUCGAGGAGGAACAAGAUAGAUCAGGAGCCGCUCAUCCCGGUGGGCUCCCUGGACUCCGCGUCUGACGUGUUCAACGAGUCGCUGCGCCCGCCCAGCGCUGGCUCCAGCUCGUCGUCCUUCUCCGUGGACGCCACCAGGCCGUACGCGCGUCCGCCGGCCCCGGCGGUCGCCAUGAACUCCGUGCCCCGCCCGUCUCCGCCGCCAGCCCCCGCCGCCCCACCAAGCGCAUCGCCGGGGCUGCCACCGCCGCCUGGAAGAGCAAGCCCGCCACCUGCUCCAUCCAACGCUGCUGCCUCAGCUGCGCCGCCUCCACCGCCACCGCCAAAACCAGCUGCGUCGCCACCCCCGCCUCCACCGCCCAGGGGUCCAUCUCCACCUCCACCCCCACCGCCCAAGGGUGGCCCGCCGCCGCCACCUCCGAAGGGCGGACCGCCUCCACCACCGCCGCCCAAAGGCCCAUCCCCGCCACCACCGCCGCCGCCCGGAGGAAAGAAAGGAGGACCGCCUCCGCCACCUCCGAAGGGAGGCGCAUCGGCGUCCUCCUCGAGGCCGCCGACAGCGCCGGGCAUGCCCUCUGGGGCCGGGGAGCAGCAGGCGAAGCUGAAGCCGCUGCAUUGGGACAAGGUCAAUGUGCAGGCCACCGACCACUCCAUGGUGUGGGACAAGAUCACCGGCGGCUCAUUCAACUUGGAUGAAGGCAUCAUCGAGGCCCUGUUCGGCACUGCGGCUGCAAACCGCAAGCCGAAAUCUGCAGACUCCAAGGACUCCGCUGAAGCCUCGGCAGGUCUUGGGCGCUCAAACACGCCAGAACAAAUAUUCUUGCUUGAGCCGCGCAAAUCGCACAACAUUUCCAUCAUUCUGAAGUCCCUCACCGUUGGGCGGGACGAAAUCAUCGACGCCCUCCGUGAUGGGCAUACAGAACUCAGCACCGAGGUCCUGGAGAAGCUUUCACGGCUCAACAUCUCCAAGGAAGAAGAAUCCACCAUUCUGAAGUUCUCUGGGAAUCCUGACAGGCUUGCCCCAGCUGAGGCCUUCCUCCUCCGUCUCCUCCUUGAUGUGCCCAAUCCAUUUGCGCGUGUCAAUGCACUGCUUUUCAAGGUGAACUAUGGCGCCGAGGUUGCACAGCUCAAGCACUCGCUCCGGACCUUGGAAUUGGCAAGCCAGGAGCUGAGGACGAAGGGUCUGUUCUUUAAGCUGCUCGAGGCCGUUCUCAAGGCAGGAAACAGGAUGAAUGCUGGAACAGCACGGGGCAACGCACAGGCCUUCAACCUCACGGCGCUCCGCAAGCUCUCCGACGUAAAGAGCACUGAUGGGAGCACCUCGUUACUGCACUUUGUCGUUGAAGAGGUUGUUCGCUCUGAGGGAAAGCGGCUUGCCAUCAAUCGCAACUACAGUAUCCGGCGUUCUGGCAGUCUCGCCAGGUCUGGCCACGAGGGCAGCAGUUCAGCAGCAGGCCAGGGGCCAUCACGUGAGGAGAGGCAAAAUGAAUACAUGAACCUCGGGCUGCCAAUUGUUGGAGGUCUCAGCACAGAGUUUGCCAACGUGAAGAGGGCAGCCAUGGUGGACUACGAUGCGGUUGUCAGCGAGUGUUCAAUUCUAGGCAGCCGACUCACAGACAUCAAGAGGCUUCUGGAGACCUGCAGCGAUGAUGGAUUAGCAAGAGGGUUGCGAGGAUUUGUGAAGGCUGCAGAACAGGAGCUAAAGUCACUAAGAGGAGAGCAGGAGAGAGUACUUGAGCUGGUCCAGAAGACAACAGAGUACUACCAUGCGGGUGCCACCAAGGACAGGAAUGCGCAUCCCCUUCAGCUGUUCAUCGUGGUGAGGGACUUCUUGGGUAUGGUUGAUCAGGCAUGUGUGGACAUCAAGAGGAAAUUGCAGCAGCAGAAGAAACCAUCACCACCAGCAUCACAGCCAACUACAGCUGCUGCGCCUGCCGCGGCAUCAUCUACGGCAGCAGCGGUGACGAAGGAAGCAACCGAUGGUCAACCAGCAACGGCUCAGAAGCCACCGGAAGAGGCAGACAGCAAAAGGAAGAGGGUCAUGCCAAGAUUUCCAAACCUGCCAGCGCACUUCAUGAAGGAUAGUGCAGAUUCUGAUUCAAGUAGUGACGAGGAAUAGAAUGGAUGGGAAGGUGUAAAUGAUGAUUGUUUGCAAUGUUUUGAAUUGGUUGUUGUGGAGGUAUAGGUUAGCUGCAGACUGUACAUAAAGCAAUGUUUUCAUUGGUUCUUUUGCCCAUUUCUUUAUACAAGAUCCAUAUCGAGAGGAGCAAAAAGAAUUCUACUUAAAA